AUAUUCCUUUGAUGUCCAUCCUCGGUAUGCUGGAGACGAACAUGCCUGCACAAGAAGAGGAGGACUGCAUCCUAGUCAUAGGAUGGACACCCGGAGACAGCAACUACAACAAUAGCUGGUCAUGAGGGAGUGAGUGAAUCGCGCAAGGUCGUGGUGGAGUCUCCUCCUGCAGUCUUCGGCCAGUUCGGCGUGUUGUGAUCCUACCUACACUUCAGCCUCCAGUCCAACUCUGGCGCUGCUGAUAUCCUCCAACUGCCCAUUUGGGCGUUUGCCUCAUGGCCUUUUUGAUGUGUAACGGUAGGUAAGGCAUACUAGUGGCCUCUUUCUAAGCAAUGCGGCCAUGGGCAUAGUCCCUAUAUCGUCGACUCCUACUGCUCCUCCUCAAUGUCUGCAGGCAGUCGAGACAGGCGUCAAUACUCCGACACGUCCUGCAACAGCUGUCGACGCCUGCGAACGCCUUAAGGGGGUUCCGCCUCCGCACAAUGGAAUUGUGAAGUGCGAGGUGCUGCAGACUGCCCAGUCUGAACCAGCAGCUGAGACGCGACACUUCUUUCGAACUCGCCUGUUCCUCAGGAGUGAGAUCGGCCGCCAAUCGUGGGCCCUAUCUGUCUACUGCCCCCGGCCCCGUCCUGGUUCCAACGAGGGGGGAAUUCCGCUAAGUUGGCCAGCAUGGGCAUUGUUACGGCCAACAAUUGCAUCGUACGCGAAGAUGAUUAGUGUCGCUUGUUCAUACGACUGUAUCUACACAGCGUCGCCAUCUGCCCUCCGCCUGCGACCUCUUGUGCAGCAGAGUCUGGCGUCUGCAAGUCUUGUACAGCCAGCCUGACUCUGUGCAGUGUUUGUGUGUCUUUGCAGCGUCUGCUAGAAGGGUCCACAAUCGAGGAUCAGAGUCAGGUCCAUGACUUCAUCGGGUCGAGAUCCUCACUGCAUGGCACGACGUGUCUUCGUAGAGAAUUAAUUAUCCACACAUGACGUGUUGAACCUCAGUCGGAGAACGCUGUCGGGUCCUUUGCGUG